AGAAAUCGAAUAUUUCAAAUUGAAUUACUUACUCUCUUUCUUCUCCACUCGCUCUCUUGCACGGCACCUUGCGCGAGCCUAACCUAGGGUUUCUCUGCAACUCCAAAAUCGAAUCCCAAUUCCUCUCUCUGCUUCCUCAAAACCCUAGCUAGUAGGGUUCUUGAAUCAAUCAAUCUAGGCGAGUCUACUUUUAGGGUAUUGGUAGUUAGGGUUAGGCAAGAUCGUAAAAAAAGGUGGUACUUUUGCAGGUUUUUGUUUGAUUAGGUCAAAAAUAUGUCAAUGGAUUAUGAUUAUCCACCGCAAGAGAGGCAAUAUGGAGAUAACGUCCUUGCCUUUAACCGCCAUAGUGACGAAGAGCAUCAGCAGCAGCAGCAGCAGCAAGAAGGUUUUUAUGAGGAAGAACAGCAACAGCAGGAGGGGGACAUAGGUAGUGGAGGAAUUGAAAGAAACCUAUCAAUGAAUCAUCAUCAUCAUCAUCACAAUCGUGACUCUUCUUCUGCAGGAAAACUCUUUGUUGGUGGUGUCUCCUGGGAAACUACUGAAGAAACGUUCACUAAUUACUUUAGCAAGUAUGGAGAAGUCAUGGACUCUGUAAUAAUGACUGAUAGACAUUCUGGAAGGCCACGAGGGUUUGGGUUUGUAACAUUUGCUGACCCUGCAGUUGCUGAUAGGGUUUUGGAGGAAGACCAUGUUAUAGAUGGCAGAGCGGUGGAAGUGAAGAGGACAGUUCCAAGGGAAGAUAUGGACGUUAAAGGAGUAACAAGAACAAAGAAAAUUUUUGUUGGUGGAAUACCACCUUCUUUGACUGAAGAUGAGUUAAAGGAAUACUUCUCUGUUUAUGGUAGCAUUGUAGACCACCAGAUUAUGCUAGAUCAUAAGACUGGAAGGUCUAGGGGAUUUGGGUUUGUCACAUUUGACAUUGAAGAUGCUGUAGAACAAAUCUUUUCAGAGGGCAGAACACAUGAGCUUGGUGGUAAACAGGUGGAAAUAAAGAAGGCUGAACCAAAGAGAACUGGUGGUGAUUAUGGCAGUACAGCAAAGUCUUAUACUGGAUUCAGCAAUGGUGCAGGUGGCUUUGGUGCUGGCAAUGGUGCGAGUGGCUUUGGUGCUGGCAAUAGUUCUGUAGGUCGUUAUGGUCGAAAAAUGGGCAGAGGAUAUGAUGGGUAUAGUGGCUAUGAUGGUUAUGGGAGUUAUGGGAGUUAUGGAGGAAACUACCCUGCAGGCACUGCUGGUUUUUAUGGUGGUUAUGGUGCAUAUGGUUAUGGUUUCGGGUUUGGUGGGCCAAUGAUGUAUGGAACUGGUGUCUAUGGAGGAAGUGGUUAUGGCAUUCCAAGUAGUUACAAUAAUGCUGCCGAGUAUGGUGGUGGUAAAGCAUAUGGGAGAACUGGUGAUGAUGAUGGUUUUGGCAGCGGUAAAAGGUAUGACAAUGGCGAUGCUCUUGGUGGUGGCUAUGGUAGUAAUAAGGGGUAUGCUGGCGGUGCAAAUGGUGGUGCUGCUGUUACUGGAAGGUAUCAUCCUUACCGUAAGUAACGAGGCAAUGGCAUCAAAUCCUGGCAAUUUCAUAUGAAGGAUGUCAUCUACAUGCCUGGUAAGGGUAGGGGCUGUUCUCAGAAAACUGAUGGAUAUUCUGUUGCAAUUAUCGUUUAUAAGGAGACUGAAUUGGUUAUAGAAUGUUUCUUGUAAUUGUGAAAACGCAAAUUCAAAUUAUGGUACUUGGCCCUAGGUUAUCGGCUCCUUCCUUGAUAGAGUUAAAAAAAAAAAAAAAAAUACAACUUAGCUGGAACUCUUGUACAAUAUGUCAGUUUUACCGUUAGAUAGAACUUUGUUUUAAA